UUAUCAUUCACACAUUUCUCUCAAGCUUCAUUUACUUCCUUUUCCCUUUUCUUAAUUCUCAAAAAAUCAUGAUUGAAGUUGUUUGCAACGAUCGUCUCGGCAAGAAAGUCCGUGUCAAGUGCAACCCUGAUGAUACCGUAGGUGAUCUCAAGAAACUAAUUGCCGCUCAGACUGGAACCAACUGGGAGAAGAUUAUUUUGAAGAAAUGGUAUAACAUUUACAAAGACCACAUUACCUUGGAGGACUAUGAAAUUCACGACGGAAUGAACAUUGAAUUGUACUACAAUUAAGCAACUAGGAAGGAAAGAAGACUUGUUGUGAAUAAUGUAAUAAUUAAAAAAAAAUACAAAAUUAUGAGAACAAGAUAUUCUUUUUCUCUUUUUAUUAUCUCGAUUAGAG